AGGGUACUAGUGCUGGACGAGGCGACCGCUAAUGUUGACCAUCAAACCGAUGCCUUAAUUCAGACCACAAUUCGUCACAAAUUCAGUGACUGUAUUGUCCUUACGAUCGCUCACAGACUCAACACUAUUAUAGAUUGCGAUCGCGUUUUGGUAUUAGACGCGGGAGAGAUCAUAGAGUUUGACGAACCGUUUGUUUUACUGCAACGAAAGGGACAGUUGUAUGACAUGUGCCGCAAGACUGGGAAACAUAUGUUCAAUCAUUUACUAAAUAUGGCCAAAGAAUCACAUCUUAAGAGAUUUAAUACUACAGAAGUCAACGACGAAGACAAUGAUUAAAAUAGCAGUUCUGG